UUUUACUGGGUAUUUCUGUGUUCCCUGCUGCACUCCGAGGACGCACAGACGUCAAUAUGAGCAACUUUGGGCAGAUCCUGAAGGAGAUUGGGGAGUUUGGUUUAUUCCAAAAACUUCUGGUUGUUGCAAUAUGCAUCCCCAGUAUGUUUACAGCAUUUGAUUUGAUCGGUCAGGUGUUCACAGGCAUGAACUUCCCACAUCACUGUAACACUGACUGGAUUUUGGCCCAAGGACCCAACCUGACGGAGGAGAGACAGAAGAAUCUCACCAUUCCCGUGAACAGUGAUGGAACGUACGAGAGCUGUGAAAUGUUCACGCCGGUGGAUUUGGAUUUGGAAACGAUCGAAGUUUAUGGGAUUAACACAACGACAGUAUGCAUCAAUGGAGAAGUUUAUGAAACACCCAGAGGUGCUUCUAGCAUUGUCACCGAGUUUGACCUGAUGUGUGACACGGUCAGUUUCAUUGAGAUCUCACAGUCCAUCCACAUGGCCGGUCUUUUGGUGGGAGCACUGGUGUUUGGGUCGAUGGCUGACAGGUUCGGUCGACGCUUCGUGCUACUCAUCGCAUUCUUUCAGCUCAUGUUGAGUGGUCUUGCUUCUGCUUUCUCACCCAACAUCUAUGUGUAUAUAGUUUUCAAAUUCUUCAGUGGCAUCGCAACUUCUGGCAUUAUUCUGUGUGGAUUUGUUCUUGGUGGAGAAUGGACUGACUCUUCCAAAUUUGCUUUGGUUACCAUUAUGUGCCUUUUGACGUUCUCUAUUGGACUGGUGGUAACAUCUGGCAUAGCCUAUUUGAUCCGUAACUGGAGGAUCCAACAGCUGGUGUUCUACAGCCCUAUUAUCGUCUUCCUGGGAGUCUUUUACUGGAUUCUUCCAGAGUCGGCUCGCUGGCUCAUCACCCAGGGCAAGAAGGAGGAAGCCAUAAAGGAGAUCCAGAGGGCAGCUAAGGUGAAUGGUAGGAAGGUCCCAGAAGACAUAUUGAAUCAGUUGGAGGUUGAGGAAACAUCUGAGAGAAGAAGCAUGGUGGACAUCUUCAGAAUCUCAUAUCUGAGGAAACGUGUUCUCAUAAUGUGCUACAUCUGGUUUGCAAUAAGUCUGUUGUACUACGGACUGAGCCUGAAUGUUGGCAACUUUGGGUUGGACAUCUACCUCACACAGUUCAUCUUUGGGCUAGUAGAAAUUCCUGCACGUCUGGGCUCUUUGCCACUAAUCCAGCGCUUUGGGAGGAGAAUAUGUGUCGUGGUGUCGCUAUUUUUUGGAGGUUCUGCUACUCUUGGGACACUUGUUAUUCCAAAAGAUCUUCCAGCGGUGGUCACAGUCCUAGCUGUACUCGGAAAAUUUGCAGCAUCUGUCACUUUCACCAUAGUCUUUGUGUAUUCUGCAGAACUGUACCCAACAGUUUUAAGGCAGAAUGGUGUAGGUCUGAACUCCACGUGUGCUCGUAUCGCGGGCAUCCUGUCUCCACUGAUCAGACUCCUGGGCGUCUACCAUCACACCAUCCCCAUGCUGAUAUACGGCAUCUUCCCCAUUACUGCUGGAGUCCUCUGUUUACUACUUCCUGAAACUUGUAAUGUUGGACUUCAAGACCACACUGAAGAAACAAAACCUGACAAUGACACUAUCGAGAUUCCAUCCAAACCAGAAAAGAGCACAAAAAUGUAUGAACUUCCCACAUCACUGCAACACUGACUGGAUCUUUGCCCAAGUGACCAACCUGAC